AUGAAUUUUAAGUUCAAAACCAUCAGACGAACCAGAAAUGCUUUGAAUGCUCAAUAAAUCUAUUGGGAAAUAAUUAAAUUAAAGAAAUAUUUCAGAAUGAGAACUAUCUUUGGAGAAGAGAAAAAAGCAGAGAUUAUUAUUCAUAGAACACAAUUGCCAAACAAAUAUAGAACUCAAGAUAUGAGCUUAUUUAUUGAGCAACAUCAAGAAACAUAGAAUAUGUUCUACUACAUAGCAAUAGGAUUAUUUAGCUUUUCAACAAUGCAUUUCUAUGCAAAAAUGCUAUAUGAUGAUGAUACUCGAUAUUGGGUCAGCAUUCGAUAUCCAAAUCAUAUGAAAUAGUUUGAUAUUUUCAACGGUGAAAUUUAGAAUCAAUAUGAUAAUGUUUUAGAGAAAUUACAAUUAAAGAAUAAAGACUUGAGUGGAGCAGUCGGCUACCAUAAUCUUAAACAAGGAAUUAAAGAUUUAUUCAAAAGGGAGGCAAAGAUAAUUGAUUUUGAAACUACAGACAAAUCCAUAGAAGGAUUAGAUAGAUAAAAAAGUACUUAAAUCAAUUAAAUGAAUUUUAUAUUUGAUCAACUUAAUCAUUAAAUCGAUGAUAUCAUAAAUCAUUACAAUCUAUCCAGAAUCCCAGCCUUAUAACUUAUAUCUGUGAUCAUUAAUUAUUUGGUCGGAGAUACCAGACAAAUCUGUAGCGUUGAUAAAAAAGAAGACAUUUAUAAAACCAUUUUAAUUAUCAAAAAUCACCUAAAAAACGAUCCAACCUUGAAAAUGAAUUUAUACAAUGCUGAUCAAAUAGUUAGCAAAAAUGAUUUAGCAUUGAAGGAUAUUGAUAUACAUUAUAAAUGCAAAUUUGAACUGAAUGAAAUUAAAGAAAAAAUCAAGAAUAGAGAUUAAAAGCUAGCAGAUACAACUUGUUCUUAUCUUAGAGAUUUAUAAGGUCUAAGAGAGUAAUUGUAUAGGUAGGCUAAUGUUCAAAAUUACGAUUAUUCAGAUCAUAGACAUUUUGAUUCUUUUGAAGUAACUGAUCCAAAGUAUAGAGAAUUGUUGAAUAGCAAACUUAACAAUGUUAAGAUUGACUAUGAACAGAAAAUUAAAUAUCUUACAUAAAUAGCAGAAUCUUAGAAAAAAGAAAUAGGAACCUUAAAAACCCAAUUAUAGGAUUAUUAAUUUAGAGCAGAACACUAUGAAAAUCCUGAAUUUUUAGUAAGGAAACUAUUUCACAUAGAGAGAGACCCUUAUGAAGUGUGGAGACUCAUCCAAGAUAAUUAAGGAAAUCCUUUUUUUUUUUAAGUUUUUUCAGUUUAGAAGAAGGGUUAUGGAAUUGAUUAUAUAGAAAUCGAUUAAUUAUUGAUGGCCGUCAAGGUUCAGGAUAGAAUAUUUGAAAGAUAGAAACAAACAUUGGAUUAACAACUGGCUUAAUUUAUGGAAAGAAUCUUGGAGGAUGUUUACGACCUGCGGUAGAAAGUAUUGGAUAAGGAAUCAGAAUUAGAUACACUUUAGAAAAAAUACACUAGAAAUCUGAAUAUUUUGAACAAAAUUAUUCUAAAAGCUUUCAAUAAAAUUAUAAGUUCAUAUAACUAGUUAUUGAUGAAAACUUCAUUUAAAUUAUGGAAGGACUAAGAACUUAAAUUGGCUCCUCUACUCAAAGAUCUAUCUCAAUUCUAAAUUAAAAAUCUUGAGCAUGAUCUAUUCGAUUUUUUUAUCGAAUAAAUUCAUGAAAUGUAAGAUAAAGUAACAUUUUUAGAAUUGAAACUUAACGGUUAAAAAUUUUUAAGUAAAACUUUAGAAUCUAAAAACUCAAUUAUUACAAACACAUUAACAAUAUUAAAAUGUCAUUUCAAUAUCAAAAAUUAUGAUUUGGAUUUAGAAUAGAAGCUAUUAAAGUUAGAUAAUUUCUAAAUUAGAUUCUGUUAAGAACUAUUAGAUUAAUUAAUUCGUUAGAAAAUGACUUAUUAAAAGUAUUUAUAAUCAAUUCAAAAACAUGAUAAAUAUGUACAAACAGAUUGCACGGAGAUUAUUAACUAAUCUCUUUAAACUAAAGAAAUUAUGGUUGAUAAUGUUUGUUUGAUUACAUAUAUAAAGGAGAAGUAUCAGGAAAAAAAGGAUAAAUUAUUAUAUUAGAGUGGACUUCAUAACUCAAACAGAUCGAAUUCUAUUCAAGAAAAUCAUAAAUCAAAUUUUGAUUAAUUACCUUCAUUAAAGUAAUAUAAUCGAAAAAUGAUUUAAAUUGAUUCAAAUAACUUGAAACAAUCAAAUCAUAUCAAUGAUUUAUAAUAGGAUUAAUCAAAUAAUAUAACUAGGAAAACUUCUUUAAGAGAAUCAGAGAUCACAGAUAAAAGAUUUACCAAACAUAAAACAGAUCUAUAGAGUCAUUCCCCUAAUAAUUAUUAGACUCAGAGAGUUAAUGCAACUAGUCUAUCAAUCGAGAAUGAUGGUCUAUAAAUGAGGCCAAUAAUCUAAAACUAAGGAGAUUUUUAAUUAGAUAAUUUGGAUAGUAAUUUAUUAUUUCCUAAUUAAAAAAAUUUACUGCCCCAACUUCAGGUUUAAAAAGAAAUAAAAUAGAAUAUCAUCAAAUAAAUUAAGUAAAUAUAAAAUAGUUAAUGUAUUCAAUGUGAGAGUGAACCAGAAAAGUUAAAGAAAAGUAAAGAAGGAAAGAACAAAUCCAAAAAUCAUAAGUAUAAAAAUAACAUCAUCAUAUAAUAUGAAGACUAUCCUAAACAUGAAUAGCAAGAAUAAUUAUACCUAUUUCUUAAUUAAUCUAGUUGUCAAUCAAAAAAGAAUAAAACAAAAUUAACAUAAUUUAUCUAUAAGGUGUGA